AUGGACACCUAUCUCGCCAGCCUUCCUGUCGGCGUCAAGUCCAACGUGCUAUUGGUGAACGAUCUCAACAUGCACAUCCUAGAGGCAGGCAUGCCUUCCUCCCCUCUGAUCAUUCUGAUUCAUGGCUUCCCCGAGCUCGCUUUUUCAUGGCGCAAGUUGAUCAUGCCCAUAUCUCAGCUAGGGUAUCACGUCGUCGCGCCUGAUAACAGAGGUUUCGGGCGUACCACUAGUCAAGUCGGACCUGAUCGCCAAGUACGGUUUGAAGACGAUGUGAAUCCGUACAGGAAAAUCAACAUCGUCCGCGACGUCAUCGCCCUAACCUUUGCCUUGGGUCAUCGUACCGUCGCAGGCGUGAUAGGCCAUGACCUGGGCGCGCACAUAGCAGCACUCUGUGUGCUCAUCCGCCCUGACGUCUUUCGAUCCGUGGUUCUCAUGUCUAUGCCAUUCCAAGGCCCACCCACUCUUCCAUUUACCACCGAUUCUGUCAAUCUGUCAGAGACUUUUCCAUCCAUCUUUUCUGCUGAUCGUCGAGAGCAGUUGGCAAAGCUAGAUCCUCCUAGAAAAUACUACAUUCCAUACUUUGCAGGUCCGGAUGCGGCUUACGACAUGUCGAAUGCACCUCAGGGUAUUCACGCCUUCCUUCGGGCAUAUUUCCACAUGAAGAGCGCCGACUGGCGUCAUAACGACCCGCAUCCGCUUGCGUCGGAGGAGCCAUCUGAGCUAGCGAAACUGCCUCACUAUUACAUGAUGCCGCUCGCAUCCACAAUGCCAGAGGCAGUAGCCCCUCAUGCGCCCAAUGCAGAUGAAAUCGCUCGCAAUCGCUGGCUUACUGACGAUGAGCUGGCGGUGUAUGCCAAGGAGUACAAGCGCACCGGUUUUCAAGGCGGAUUGAAUUGGUACAGGUCUUUCCGGCCCGAGUUCUACGACGAGCUGGGGGUGUUCGCAGGCAAGGUUGUUGAAGUGCCGGCUACGUUCAUCUCUGGGAAGCAGGACUGGGGCAUGUACCAGACACCGGGUGCGCUGGAGAAGAUGAUGUCUGAGGCAUGCAGCAAAAUGCGCGAGGAAGAUGUUAUUAUGGUUGAUGAAGCGGGUCACUGGAUUCAACAGGAGCAGCCCGAGAAGGUGAUGGCACUCUUGGAAAGGUUCUUGUCAGAGGUCAAGGCAUCCGAGUAA